CAUAGCUGCUCUCGCAGCUCCCUGCACCCUUGGUUGCUUGUAUGACUUCCCUCUCUGCAUGUAGUUAUAGCUGUUCACUCUGAUGGCUAUGGAGAGUGAAACUGAUACGAGUGAAGAAAUGGGUAGGCACAGAUGCAGCUCUUGCCUGGCAGCUGGCAGUGGAUCUAAAACAGUGGUUUUCCAUGUUGCAACUCUGCAACUGUACAUUUCCCCCCCUUUGCAGUGGAACUAAUGAACACACUUUCCUUAAUUUUAAAAAGUUUGGCGUAAGAGUGGGUAAGAAAUUUAGCAGUACGAGGGGUAUUUCUAAUUUGUUCUCACUGUGUACAUAAAUUGAUACAGUGCUGAGUUCAUCUGGGCAUACUCUAAAUAAAUGUGAAUAGGAUUACAGCCAUGGUCGAAAGUCGGCCUCUUAAUGUCUGUUCCACCCCGGCGCGGGAGAUGCAAAAUCUGCAGGAGCCUUGCUACAAGGGGCGGGUAGGCGCGCGCGUGUGGUCAACUAAUCUCCGUUCAUUUGACAACUGCAGAGCUAGGACGACGCGAAGGCGGCGGCUGGAAUUGGCCUCGCGGCCUCUCCGUAGGCGUCACUGUAACCUAGGAAACCAGACUGCUCCCCGCACUCGACCGUUCGCUGGGGAAGGAUUAGAACCACCUCCUCCCUGGCCCCUCACUUCCGAGGGCAGGCGGGUGUCUCCACGGCAGCCGCGGACGGCGAAGACAGGCGGACCAAAGCUGUACCCGGCUGCUGGUUGUGAGGCAGAGGCGGAGGUGGACUCGAGUGCGAGUUUCCCCUUCUCCGCUAAUCGCCUGUGUCCGCAAGGGCUAGGAAGGGGCAAGCCCCGCCCCCUUGCUCUCCGAGAAGAAAAUCACUGAACGUCCCUCUCGCGGCGCCUUGGCUGACUUACCCAUCUUUGGCACGUUUUGUUACCCAGCUUGUCCACGUUUUGUUUCAAAAUAAAAAAUGGGCAAAAAUGGAAUGCACAACUGAAGUUCCAGCAUUCUAUGUUCAUCCAGUUGUGUAUGAUUGGAUGACUAUGGUCUUUCAAGAAAAGAAAAUAAACCAGAAAACCAAACAGUCAUGGUGAUGUGGCAGUCCUAAACAUUACACUCUUGGAAAUGGAUAAAGUUUGACUGUCUUGAGACAUCGCAGUACUUUAACUGGAACUGCUGUCCAAUGGAAAGCCCUGUGGACCUCUGUUUUGCUGAAGAAGGAUGCAGCAGCAGCAUUGUUCUUGAGAAACAAGUUUUUAGAUCCAAAGUGCCAGAAUCACAUGUCCAGCUUGCUUGUAGCAUGCAUUACUGUGCUUUUCCUUUGAAUGGGAAUGAGCUUUGUAUUUUGAAUACUACUGAUGAUCCUGACUGCCAGCCAUUACACUUACUAGGUCAUCACCAUUCAAUUACUGCAUUGGCUUUUGGGAGCAAAGACGACCCACUCCUCAUUUGCUCUGCUUCACGUGACUAUGUAAUAGUGUGGAAUCUGGAUGAAUGCGUGAAGAAGUUUUUACAAGGGGUAAUGCCAGAAGGCAUUGUUAUAGGAACACUUUUGGGAAUGGUGCUUUAUGUGCGAUUUAGUCCAGAUGAUGAGACAGUGGCAGUAUGUGCUGGCAAUCGGAUAUACAUGCUAAAUGCAAAGGAUGAGGCUAUACUUGCUGAAUUGGAGGGUCACCUGGCUCCAGUGACUGCUGCUGAGUUUUGCCCUUGGGAAAAAAAUAGACUUAUAUCAGUUUCUGAAGACAGAAGUUUUAAGGUAUGGGACUAUUGUACUGGACUGUUAAUAUAUCAGUCAGCAGUAAUAACAGCAUUUCCUCUUCUGAGUCUCUUCAUUGAUGAAGAAAAUAAACAGAUUAUCACUGGAUGUGCAGAUGGACAGCUUUGGAUCUUCAGCUUGAGUAGCGGGCAUCAGUAUCGCUGUGUGGUACAUAUAAAUAUAAAGAAAGAGAGAGAGAAGUUUUACAACAAAAUAAGGAAAUCCGAACAAUUGGAUGAGAUUCAGAAUCCUUCUAAGGCAUAUACUUCAAAUAAUUUAAGGGAAGAAGAAACAGUUGAAACUACCUUUCCAGUUCUCAGAAUUGAACCCUGUGACAAGUCGAUAAAUGUAGGUGAUGAAGAACACAGUUUGCCUACUGUGAAUGCCCCAUGCUUGUGGAUAGGAAGCUCUACUGGUUUAUUCAUAAUUAACAUGGCAAAUUUUGAGUUGGAAGCUGUUUUACAUUACAGAGAUUUCAGCACCCUCAGCAUUCAGUUUGCUGGAUCAUGUGCUUUAAUGAGGAAGGCAAUCAAUGGCAAGGUGUUCUGUUUGCUAACUUCAAUGUUUGAGAAUAGAAUUGCCUUACUGGAGAUUAAUGUUGCUGCCCUGUUGAGAUCCCAGCAAAGUGCACUCCAUUUAAGUGGAAGUGAGAAAGGCCUUUCUGUAGUUGCCAGGUGCUCUCUUCUGCCAACCUCUCCUUUGUGCCUGAAGAAAGAAAAAAGCCAACUUGUAAAUAAAAAAGGUAUAAAAAGCCCAAUAAAAGAUCAGCCGCUGGUCUUCCAUAAUAAAAUUAAGUCCUCAGGUUACACAUCAGCGCCACAAAUGACCAUGUUUUCUCCAAAGACCAAUGCAAAGCAAAACAAUCUGGAACUUAAGUGCAAGAGAAGUUGCAAACGACGAAAUAAGGAAGACUAUCCACAUGUCAACAUUCCUCCAAACAAAUCUGAGAGACAGAUUAUUGUAGCUGAUAAGCCAACUCCUAUAUGCUGUAUUCGGUAUUCAGGGGAUGGAGAGUUGUUGGCUUGUGGCUUGGCAGACAAAACUUUGCUGGCAUUCAAUUCAAAUCUUACAGGAACACCAACAGUUUAUUCAGGGCAUGAUGGUGCUGUUAACUCAGUUGGUUGGAGCCAUGACAACAACUGGCUUGUUUCAUCUUCUGAAGACAGAACAUUAAGGAUCUGGUCAGUCAGCAGUGCAGAACCUGCUUUAUGUCUGGGAAAGGAAAUGUUUCGUAAAUCCAUUCGAUCAGCACAGUUUUAUUAUAUAGAUACAUUUAUAUUGUUGUCUUGUGGAGCAGAGUUUCACAUGUUAAGAUGCUACCUUGAUACCAGCAAGGAUGAGAUGAAACGAUACCGAAAUAAGAGCAUUUGUAAAUCAGUACAGAAAUUCCCCAUGGCAUCUACAGUGGAAAUUACCAGCCUUUCAGCAGUCAAUGAAUUCUAUUCUUAUAUUGUACUGGCAGCUGGUAGCAAUCGAGCACUAGAAGUCUUUGACCUCAAUGUGGGUUGUAGUGCAGCAGUGAUAGCGGAUGUGCAUUCUAGAUCAGUUCAUCAGAUUUGCCAAAACAAGGGAUCAGCUUUUAGCAGUCAGCAAUAUGAAGCGUACAAUCUUUUCUUAACAACAGCCAUUGGUGAUGGCAUCAAGCUCUGGGAUUUGAGAACACUGAGGUGUGAACGUCAUUACAAAGGUCAUAGCAGCCGCUGUCACCCUUGUGGAAUCGCUGUUUCUCCUUGUGGACAAUUCAUUGCCUGUGGAUCUGAAGAUAAAUGUGCCUAUAUAUAUGAGAUGCAUUCAAGCACUUAUUCCCAUAAGUUGACUGGACACACAGAAUCUGUCAUCAAUGUGGCUUUUAACCCUUCAUCUCCUCAGCUCACCACAGCCACCUUGGAUGGCAAACUGCAAUUGUUCCUACCGGAUUGUCAGCCUUGACUUCCUUGGCUCUGCUACUUUAAGAAUAAGGCUACCCAACAGAAAGGAGAUAUUUGGUUACUGGGCAAGUUACAGCACUUUUCUGUUUUAAAUAUAGGCUUCCAGAUUAUGUCUGCCCUGGGAUUUGCUCCAAGGUCUACUCUGCUGGAAAAACAUUUUGUAUAAGGGUAGCGAGUCCUUUCUGCCACUGUCCUUGCAGAGCAUUAUCACAUUCAGGUUACCUUGGACUGCAACUUUGGAAGUGCUACAGAAUAGGUAGAUGUAUAAUAUUAUGUUGGGUUGUUUCCCAUUAUUAAUAGCUCUAGCCAUCCUAGUGCAAUUUGUCUGGAAAUAUCAAGUAAGAUUUAAGAAAGCUGGUGUCUAGCAGCAUAUAUACACUUUUUGUUGUAGUUUGUUGGGAUUUCAAUAGUUAUCUCCACAACCAGACAUUUAAGAAAUAAACCUUUGUACCAUUCUUGGCUAAACCCUUAUGCCCAAUAAUAAAGUGAUAUUCUAGUCA